AUGAACGCGUCUGUCGCGCUGGAACUCGUGAAGGUCCACGGCAACGAGGAAGGGAUUGACCGCGACCGUCAAAGCGACGAGGAAAGGGGCGAGCUUUCGCUCAUACCUCUGACCGAAGUGUUGGGUAAAGCGGAACCCCUGAUCCAGGCUACAGAGCACAGCUCGCUGUCCAUGCUUGAACGGUUGAAGGCCAAAGCAGGAGAGAGUUUUGAGCGUGCCCACGAUUGGCAGCUUCAGGAGUGGGCUCAAAAGAUCGAUGCGUAUCGUGCUGGGCAUCCUGACUGUACUGUGGAGGACGAGGUUGAGCACCUGCUGACGAUAAACCCGGGUGCUCGUACGCUGGCGAAGGUUUUUCAUCGGUUUCGAAAGGUGGAUGGCAUGCAGAGUCGUGCUGAUGAACUGCAACGAGCGCUGGUUGCGAAAAACGAAGACGUCGCACGUGGCAUGAUUGCUGUAUGGCUGAAAGACGGAGUGGACCCUGACGUAGUCUACAGUAUGCUGCCUAUCGCAUUGAAGAAGCCAAGUACAGACAGCAUGGAAGCGGAGGCCGUCAAAGAGUGGCUCCUGACGUGGAUAAAGUAUGUCGACAAGCAUGCUAAGCUUGGUGGCUCGUACGACGACGCUGCCACAGUUACGAAACUGGUGGAUGAGUGGGGGGAAAAAGAGUCGGUGGAUUUCUUGCUCAGUCUUCAAAAUGCUGGUAUCAAACCUCGCAUCGACCGCUUAACGGGUACGCUGAGUGAGAAGUACCCGGAUACCCUGAAGUUGAUGUUUGAUGUGUGGCUGAAGUCCAAUACGGAUCCUCUCGUCGUCUUUGACAUGAUGCCUAUUGGAACGAAGGGUGAUCUCAUGGGUAGGCUUCAUCGUCGUGAUUUGUGGGAGGAGAUCGCGCGUGACCUCUCUCAGUGGCAUGAGUAUGAUAUGAUGCAUAGCAAAAAAGCAUUUGAGGAAUCCGACGGGAAAAACGGCCAAGAACUGUUGAGCCUACUCAAAACCACAAACCAUGUGAUUAAUCUGCUCUUGCAAUCCAACAAACCGAGUGAUGUGGUGGAAUUUGCCGAGUAUCUCCGAGCGUUGAAAGGAUGGGGUCAUCUCGUUUUUGAGCUGGAGCGAAAGAUGUUUUCCGAAGCUUAUUCUGGAUACCCAGCUUUGUUGUAUGAAAAGUGGGCGGAGAUAAACUUGCCUCCUCAUGCCGUGUUCAACUCGAUGCCCAUUUCAACUGUCCGUAAUUACAAUCCAGAGAAAGAACUUGCCAGGCCUUUGGAGAGAAAAUUCAUAUUUCUGAAGCAGUUGCUGAAGUACGUUGACGAUGACAAAGUUACGUUCAUUGACCAUCGAGACAAGAGGAUCGAUACAAAAGACAAGAUGGUGAUCGCACUACUUAAGAACAUGAUUGGUUCCGCGUCUCAACUGAAAGCUUUUCUUGAGGAUUUUGGGAAACGUGGAAUGAAGGAUCGCUCAGACCGACUGGUGACAGCGCUGGAAGCUUUUUUAAAAACGCGUCCUGCACCUAAGCAACGGUCGCCCGAGGAUCUCAAGUUGCCUAACCCACGGUCUCCAGGUAUAAUCCUUCGUAUCAGCUAG